GUUGUGUUCGACUUCUUGUGUAGCAAAUCAACUUUUAUGAGGGCUGCUACUAUUGAGUUAUGCCCAUGCGGAGGAUUGCUCGAGAAUAUGAGUGUUACAGGAUUCACAAAGUCUGCCGGCGAAGUAGCUUCCGCCUGACCAUCAUAUCGCGAGUGACAUCCCUGACAGUCAAAGCACAUGAAUUGACACGCGUGGCUAAGUCACCUCAUGGCACAGGACGGUGCGGGCUCGCUGCACGGAUGCGCGUGUGCGGCUCAUGUCGGAGGCGGUGGAGGGCCACCUGGCCGUCAAGAUGUGCGGACUGGAGGACGUGUACCAGAGCCGCAUCAAGGCGCUGCGCCACGAGGAGGAGCGCUACGUCCGUCGCUCAUCCCGGAUACGCGCCUUCAACAUAGCGCUGUUUUCGAGCGGCUCCUCCAUCAUUGCCUUCGUCACGUUCAGCGUGUACCGGGCUCGGAGCGGCUCGCUGAACGUGGCCAGCGUCUUCUACGUCCUGAGCCUGCUGCAGCUGCCCUCCGCUUACCUUGUAGACAAGUUCGCGCUGGCCUCGCAGUUCGUCUCGGAGCUGGGCGUGUCCCUCACACGCAUCCAGGCCUUCCUGUCGCUGCCGGAACUGCCUCCCGCUCCGGCGGCGUGCAAAGAUGGGCAACGCAUACCGGCAAAGGCGGAUGUUGGAGGCGGCCACCGCCUGGCUAGCUCAGCCGCGGCCACGCAGCCGCGAGAAACCAGCGUGACGGCAGGUGCUGAAGGUGCAGCAGCGGGAGAUCUGCGGCGGGGAUUUGUGGCAAUGCACGGCGGUCACUUCGGCUGGCGCUGGCCGCUGGGGCGGUCAGGAUCUGCCGAGGACGCCCUGAAGCGGCUGGCUGCCGCGGAGGGCGCGGAGGUUGCGGACAGUGGAGCAAGCGGUGACCCGGACGAAGGCGCUUGCUUCCCGCGCCGUGCGGCUGCAGCUGCGGUGAUCGCAGCCUGCCUCGGCCGGCGGCGUGCUGAGGUGGCAGCGGCGCGCAAUGAGGAGGCGGGUCCCGCCAAGGCACGUGCGCCCAGCGGGCCGCUUGCCGGGGCCGUGCCGGGUGGUGGUGAGCACCGUGGAGGACCCCUGUCAGGCCUCGUCCAGCUGCCACCGGCUGACAUUGUCGUCACGUGCACACAACGCGCCGGCACUGGCACGUGCAAGACCCACGCAGCGAGCCAGGAACUGUGCGGGGACAUGGCUGCGACGCUGUCGGGCGUGUGUUUCGCCUGCGCGCCCGGCGAGCUGCUGGGCGUGUGUGGCGCCACCGGCAGCGGCAAGAGCACGUUGCUGGCGGCGUUGCUGGGACAGCUACAGCCGCUGCAGCCGCUGGGGGAGCAGGAGCAGCUGCAGCCGCUACAGCAGCAGCGGGGGGACACAUGCGGCGGCGGCGUGGAGGUUUGCGGCUCUGUGGCGUACUGCGCCCAGGUGCCGUGGAUCAUGGCGGGCAGCAGUGUACGGGAGAACAUCACGUUCGGACUGCCGUACGAGGAGGGAUGGUACGACACGGUCGUGCGGGCGUGCUGUCUGCAUGAGGACCUGGCACGCAUGGCGGCGGGCGAUCUCACGGAGCUGGGCGAGGGCGGCGCGGGGCUGUCGGGAGGCCAGAAGGCCCGUGUGGCUCUGGCCCGCGCCUGCUACUGCCGCCCGCAUGUGGCGCUGCUGGACGACCCGCUGAGUGCGGUGGACGCGCGCGUGGGCCGAGAGCUGUUUGAUGGCGUGCUGGGGCCGGCGGGGCUGAUGGCGAGCCGCUGCGGCACCACCCGGCUGCUGGUCACACACCAGGAGCAGUUCCUGCCGCUGUGUGACCGCGUGCUGCUGCUGCGCAGUGGGCGGCAGGCGGCGCUGGGGCCCUGGGCUGAGGUGGAGCAGCUGCGCCGCGAGGCCGCACCGGCUGGGGUCCCGGACACGGCUGCUGCUGCUCCACCCUCAGCUGCAGCCAAGUCGCCGUGCUUCGCGGCAGCAGUCGUUCUAGGAUGCGACAGCAGCGCCGAUGGGACGGACUCUCCCACCGUGUUUCUACCGCCUGCAACGGCUUUUGCAGCUGCGGUUGAUGCCUGCGCUGUCCUGCCACAGCCUGUAGGGCGGAGCCUCCAGCAGUGCGCCUCCCCUAGGCCUGGCCCCGUCGCUGAAGCCACGUCUGGCGAGCAAGGGGGAGGCGCAGCCGCGGACGCUGACGCGGACGUGGAGUCUCCCCGCGCCGCGGCAGGGGCAGCAGGCUGCAGCUCCGCCGGCGCCGUGCCAACGCCAGCGGGCCGGCUGGCGCUGGCGACGCAACUGUCCGUGGACGUGAGCUGCAUUCCGGAGCGGGCGCAUGGGCAUGAAGAGCGGUUUGCAGACAGCAGGCAGCAGCAGCAGCUACAGUCGCAGCAGGAACGGCCGUGUCAGAACCGGCAGGCCGGGUCUCGGCUGCGCGCGGUGGCCUCUGACGGAGCAAUUGCGUUCCAUUUUGCCGCAAGCCGUGCAGGCACAUGUGAUGCCUCGCCGGGCGGCGUUGAGCCGAACAGCGCCGCCGGUUCAGGCACGUCGACGCCGAUUUAUGCCCACAUCGGGGCAGGCGCCGGCGGCCGCAGCAACACCGCCAAGCGUCCCGGGCGUGGAUCGUGGCUCCUCAGGCACCUGUCACUGAGGCAUCAGCUCGGCGGCGCAGAUUCUUCUUCCCUUCCCGUCUCGGCCCCGGGAACCCCUGCCGGCACACGCGGGGCACUACGGAUCAGCGCAGCUUCUGGACCGCUGGCUCAGUCGCCGCGCGAUUUCGGACGCAGCGUCAGCAGCAUUAACGGUGGCCGGCUCAGCGCAGGUGGCCUGGCGAUUGGAGGCAAGGCGAAAAUGAUCUCGCAAUGGAUCGCCAGCGGCAACCGCCUGACCAUGUUGGGAGGUGCCGGUGGAGGCCGCAGGACCUCCGACCCCGGCACUGGAGGCGGCGGCGCCGGCGGCAAGUUCCUCGAGCGCGCGCCGACCGGAGUGUCGCUGCUUGCCGCUGAGGACAAGGAGAUGGGCAGCGUGUCUUGGGCGGUGUACGGGCGCUACGUGCGCUGCCUGGGCCUGGUGCUGGCGUGUGUGGUGGUGCUGGGGCUGCUGGCGGGCGAGGCGGCGUACCUGGCGGCGGACUGGUGGCUGGCGCUGUGGGCGGCCGAGGAGCCGGAACAGCAGGCGGAGCCAAGGUGGCAGUGGGUGUACGGCAUCCUCACCGCGGCCGUGUUUAUCUUGUCGGUGUCGAGGUUCGUCCUCUUCUUUGAGGCGGCCGUGAGCGCCUCCACAGGGCUGCACAACAAAAUACUGACCAGGGUGCUGCGCGCGCCGCUGUCGUUCUUCCACUCCAACCCCGCUGGCCGCAUCGUCAAUCGGUUCAGCAAGGACCAGGGUCUGGUUGACGACCUGCUUCCCGGGUCUUUUGGAGAGGUCCUGGACUCGGGUACGCUGGUGUUUGGCGCCGUCGUGCUGGUAGGAAUCGCAGUGCCGUUUGUGAUGCCACUGUUUAUUCCGCUGGUUCUGGCGUUCAUGUGGGUGCGCAAGCGCUACAUCUCGGGAAGCCGGGAGUUCCGGCGCUGGGAGGCGGUGACCUACUCGCCCAUCUACACCUUCGUGGCGGCAACCUGCAAGGGCCUGCCCACCAUCCGGGCGUACGGCGCCAGCGAGCGCUUCCAGCAGGAGCUACUGAGGCUGCUGUCGCGCAGCGCCGAGUGGAGCUACGCUUCCAACGCCGGAUGGUGCUGGCUGGGCCUCCGCACCGACACCCUGUCCGCCACCACGCUGCUGUCGGCUGCCGUGAUGUCCGUGGGCGUGCGGGAUAAAUUGAGCAUUGAGGUACUGGCGCUGGCGCUGACGCACGCGCUGAACGUGACGGCGCUGAUGCAGUUCUUCGUGCAGUUGGGAACCGCCGAGGUUGAGAACCACAUGACGAGUGUGGAGCGGCUGCUGGCCUACACGCAGCUAGACAGCGAGCCGCUGCGGGUGGCGGAGGGUGGCGGGCAGCCGCCGCAGGGCUGGCCCCGCAGCGGCCAUCUGCAAUUUGAGGACGUCAGCGCUGCCUACCAACCAGGCCUGCCGCCUGUGCUCCGCGGCGUGACGUUCAGCGUUUCUGCCGGCAGCAGCUGCGGCGUGGUGGGUCGCACCGGCAGCGGCAAGUCCAGUCUGCUGCUGACGCUGUUCCGCAUGGUGGACCUGACGCACGGCUGCAUCCGGCUGGACGGCGUGGACAUCGCGGCGGUGGGUCUGGACGCGCUGAGGCGGCACCUGGCGGUCAUCCCGCAAGACCCCGUGCUCUUCGGCGGCAGCCUGCGCAGUAACCUGGACCCCUGGGGCGCGCACAGCCGUGACGACGCCGCGCUGUGGGCCGUGCUGCGCUGUGUGCGGCUGGCGGGCGCUGUGUCGGCGCUGCCGGGCGGGCUGGAUGCGCAGGUAGCUGCGGGCGGCGCCAAUCUGAGUGCGGGCCAGCGGCAGCUGCUGUGCCUGGCGCGGGCCAUGCUGCAGCGGGCCAAGGUGCUCGCGCUGGACGAGGCCACCGCAAACGUGGACGCCGAGACGGACGAGGCGGUGCAGGCGGCACUACGUGACUUCCUGCAAGGCGGAGGUGGAGGCGGCCCCGACAUCAGCACCACUGGCGGCUCUGGUGCCGGAGGUGGCAGUGGUGGCGGCGGCGUUGCGCUGGUGAUUGCGCACCGGCUUGACACGGUGAUGGACCUGGACGCGCUGCUGGUGCUUGCGGACGGGCAGGUGGAGGAGUGGGGGCCGCCGCGGGUGCUGCUGCGCGGGGGCGGCAGCCUGUCGCACAUGGCGGCGGCGGCGGCGGUGCCACAGAUUGGAAGUAUGAGGAGCGGUGGAGCCGAUGCUGUUGUUGAUGAGGGCCAGGCAGGGGAUCUGGCUGGGACCGAUUGCCGCGUGGGGCUGGGGAAGAUGGUGCGGUCGGUGAGCGAUGCAGGGUGGCGUGGAUAGCUGCAGUCCAAGCCGUGAAGUGUGCGUGGGCCGCCGGCAGGACGCGGCCACGUGGGAUAGCGUAUGAUCGGACGACACGUGCACGUUCUCGCAUCCCUACGCAGAAACAUGUACGGUUGCAGGAUGAGUCAGCGGGAGUGCUAACUGGUCGGUCAUCAAUGGCAUGGGUCAUGUGGGUCGGCCAUGCGUGGUGCUUGACAUUUGCGCGUUUCCAAUAAUGGCAAUUGGUUGGGAUUGCGGACGGACGGGGUGCUGCGGCUGCAUUGCGGCGGCACGGGGCGGCACGACUACUUCUGUGCCCUUCUUCCGCCUGCUGCCAUGCGACCUUGUAAUCUUUCUCUCAA